CCGAAACUCGGCGCGGCCGCCACAAGUUCGCCCCGAGCGCGCCCGCGACGUGCCGAGACGCGGCACCAGGGAAAACGUCCGUGCAGUGACCCGACGACGAGCUUUACAUGGAUUCCGAGUUGACGAAUAACCAACACGCUCGACGACAGUUACGUUGCAAGAAGAAGAAGACGCGAACCGGUGCUGAGGGCGAGUCAUGGCUCUCGACUUCUUCGCCGGCUGCCUCGGAGGCUGCGCAGGUAUUGUGGUUGGAUAUCCUCUUGAUACCGUCAAGGUUCACAUUCAGACGCAAGACCACCGCAAUCCCAAGUACCGGGGCACCUGGCACUGCUUUCGCACCUUGCUCGCCAAGGACUCGGUGUCGGGCCUCUACCGAGGUAUGUCGUCGCCGAUGGGCGGCGUGGCAGUGAUAAACGCCAUAGUCUUCGGCGUCUACGGCCAGACGCAGAAGGUGUUGAGCGAGCAGUUGCCGGCGAACGGUCAGCACCAGCUGAGCGGCCACUUCCUCGCUGGCGCUUCGGCGGGCAUAGCCCAGGCGCCGGUGUGCAGCCCGAUCGAGCUGGCCAAGACUCGGCUGCAGCUGCAGGAAAGCUCCUCGUCGUCGCAGCGACGAUUCAGCGGGCCGCUGCAGUGCCUCCGCCACAUCCACCGCACCGAGGGCCUCAGGGGGGUGUUCAGCGGCUUCUGGAUAACGCUGCUGCGCGAAGCUCCCAGCCUCGGCGUUUACUUCGCCACCUACGAGGCGCUGACGCACAGCGACACGCCGAUCUCGACCUGCCACAUGCUCGUGGCUGGCGGACUCGCCGGCACCGCGUCCUGGGUCAUGUCCUACCCGAUCGACGUGGUCAAGUCGCGACUGCAAGCCGACGUGGACAAGAAGUACAGCGGCGCCGUGGACUGUCUGCGCAGCAGCGUGCGCUCCGAGGGCUACUCGUGCCUCUUCCGCGGACUCAACUCCACCAUCAUACGGGCCUUCCCCACCAACGCGGCUACUUUCGCCGUGGUCACCUGGACGAUCAGGCUGCUGAGCGAUGGCCAGCCCGCGCUGCCCGGCGAGUCGCUGCGCGCCCAGGAGGUGGCCGAGGUCUUCCAGCCGUCCCUCGAGUCCUGGAACGCCCUCGACCGCUACGGCGAGUCGAGCUGCCACUCGCUGCACGCGCUGGGAGACGCCACCGAGGGAUACCUGCGUCGAUUGGCCAGUACGAAUCUCAUGCUUGUGCCCGCGCACUCGAGCACUGCCAAGGACAAGGACGCUGCCGGGUGCCAGUUCGAAGAAACGAAAGAGAUUAUUCGUUACUGA